UUUGUUGUGCGGUUAGUGGCAGUUUGCCGUCUGCUCCGGUCGGUGUGUGUGUGUGUGUGUGCGUCUUCGGUUGCUCCGAUAAUAUUUCCUGUCACAUCGGAUGAGAUCGUGAGGUCGUUUUCUUCGCGCGAAACGAAAGCUCGUCGAAGCUCUGUCGCUUUGUCGCGAAACGAGGAGGGGGGGGUUUGUAAAUUCCAGUAGGACGACGCGGCGAACCGUCGUCGUCGUCGUCGUGUGUACAAAAGUGAAGGCGCGUCCUUUCGAUCGAUCGUCACAGACACAUCUCGAAGCGAAGAAACGCGCCAACCAAAUCCCGCAAUUCCGCACAUCGGAAUUACAUAUACACACACACACGCACACGCGCGCGCGCGCGCGUUUUUUUCUUUCCGCGGCUUUUUAAUCCCGCGAUUUACCAUCUCGCCGCUGUCAACCAUCUCCAGGCAAAAUGGCAACUGUCUGCUACUCGUUGUCCAAGUACGGACUGGUUAUCGUGAGCGUUAUAUUUCUGAUACACUUCGCCACUUCUCUCGAUAAGGUCGUCGCAAGUGUGUUAAAUCUGUCGCGUGAACUUUGACCACGAAGAAGCAUGUGAAUUACGAUCACUUUUUGUUGAUUGUUGACGAACCGCGGGCCUGUUAAACAACAUCGUGUUCCGAGAAUUGCGACAUUUAAUCUUCCGGAACGCGCGUUGAGAGGAUGCGACAGAUAUACAUAUACGCGACACACGCAAGAUGAUGUCGCCGCUAAUGAGAAUUAAUGCGUAAUUUCGAAAUUGCGAGAGAUCGUCGGAAUAGCGGCGCUGAUCCUAGGAGGAUGGAUGAUAAUAGACAAGACGUUCUUCGUGUCGAUAUCUCAGAAGAAAAGUUACGACGCGGGUCUGUACAUCAUGCUCGCCACUGCGAGUUUCAUGGUCAUAAUUGCCUGCUUAGGCUUUGUGGGCGCUUUGAAGAAUUCUCGGACUUGUCUGGCCUGCUUCAUCAGCGUUUUACUCGUCGUGAUUGUCGCACAAGUCGCGUCCGGUUGCUGGCUUCUGGCUCAUGAAGACCAACUGGACCAACUGAUCAGAUCUUGCAUGAUAAACACCGUUAAACUUGAAUAUGGCGAGAUAGAAAGUCGCACCGAAAUUAUGGACGUCAUUCAAUCCGAUCUCAAGUGCUGCGGUGCCACUGGUCCUGCGGAUUAUGCUGGCAGUGCAUACUCGAACAAGGACUCUUCUAUGCCGCUUCUUUUAACCGUUUCCAGCGAUCCGAACAAUCUAUACAAAGUACCCGAAUCGUGUUGCAAGGAUUCGAACAGCAUCGCCUGCAAGGAAGGACGCAGCAUAAAAGUAGCCGGAAUUGUAGGUCCUGCGAUCUACAGCGAGGGAUGUAUGGAAAACUUGAUGCAAAUACUGAAGGAUGAAUUUUAUUACUUUAUAGGCGCUCUGAUAAUAAAUUUAAUUAUAGAAGUCGUUGCUCUAAUACUCGCUUUGAUUUGUUUCUGCCAAGGCGGAUCGUCAGAUCGAUACAAAGCCUAAAGUUACUUUUUUUUUUUUUUUAUCACGUGUCAUAUAAAAUAAUGUAUGAUCCCACGCUAUAGAACGUCCCAUAGUAACGGCAUAACAAAAUUUUCCAUUUCCGUGUGCCAAUGCCACAAUGAAUGUUACGCGCGAAACGUGUAAUCUUAUAUUUUGCUGAUAUAGUUAAAAAUAUUGAAACACGUGUGUUUUUCAAAACUGUUAACAAAUCGCAUUCUACAAGCGAUCACCCGUUGCUUCCCCUUUGUUGAGAAUUGAUAUGCGUUAUUUUGGGACCAACUCAAGAUCUGAUGUGUAACGUUUUUCCACUUUUUAUUUCUUUGUAAAUAACUUGAUAUCUCAUAGUGUACAUAUAUUAUAUCCGCGCGCGCGCAGAAUUCGUAUAUUUUACAAAACUAACUCUUGUAAUAUUUAUCUACGCGCACAGAGCAACUCAUAUUAGCGAGAUAUAUUAAUUUUAGACUGAUUUUUAUCUUGAAAAAAAAAAAAAAGGUACAAAGAUACAACAGAUAGUAAACCGAAAUAUUUUAUCAUGUGAUUUUUUAUCAACGUGUGUAUAUAAAUUUUGAGAAAGAUUAUAUAUCGAACUGAGGCUAUUGGAGAUAUAUACAAAAAAAAAAAAAAAAAAAAAAAGAAAA